AUCCACAACCGACGCAUCCGGACGAGCGACCACAGUAACCGAGGGCAGUACGCUUGAACUCCUGCCUCUGACUCACGUAAAUAUGCAAAUGCCCAAAUCUCAAGCGUAUUUAAGCCGAUGACGACUCGCAGGAGGUGACAGUCGGACAGGCAGGAGGAGAAGAGAGUGUGACAAGCCUCCGGAACUUGUUAAAAAAAAAAAAAAAAAAAAAUCAACGGCGAAAACGACAAACUUCCUUUUGUCUUCGUCAUCUCUGGGGAUCUUUAAGGCUUCUGAAUUUCUGUGGCUGCCAAGGAAGUGAAAAAAAACUGCACAUUCUGAGUCCAGUUUUGCCUCAGCUUUUAUUUGAGGGAGGUUGUUUACCCUGCCUUUGGACUAUGGGUCGUGGUGGUACGUUGUUCAUAGUGUGGAUCUUGUGCUUUGCGAGAGGAAAUUCGCUGGAACUUGAACUCGGAGAUGAACUUGAACUCGGAGAUAACCCUGAUAUUUAUCUGAGUGUGCCGCAGCUGAUUGCAAAAUAUGGCUACCCUGUCGAAGUGCACCACGUGACCACAGACGACGGCUACAUUCUGGAACUCCACCGAAUCCCACACGGGCGCAAGGCUAGCCACAGCUCCCUCCAUGAGCAGAAUCACAACACCUUCGAAAAUGAAGUCACCGGGAGGAUGCCCGUGUUCAUGCAGCACGGCCUUAUGUCUUCGUCGUCCAGUUGGGUUCUUGGCCCAGUCGAUAAAGCUCCAGCGUACAUGAUGGCCAAUGCUGGGUAUGAUGUGUGGCUGGGCAACGCGCGAGGGAACCGGUAUUCUAAGAACCACACCCAUUUGUCACCGAAAGAUAAACAAUUCUGGGACUUCAGUUGGGAUGAAAUGGCUGAGCAUGACAUACCUGCUGUGAUAGACUACAUUUUAGAGGAAACAAAACAUUCUCAGCUGUACUAUAUUGGACACAGUAUGGGCACCACCAUCUUCUACGGAUGCAUGUCCAGUCACCCUGAGUAUAACAAAAAGAUUAAGGCGAUGUUUGGGCUUGGACCGGUAGCCACUGUGAAGCAUAUUAUAAGUCCUAUCAAGUACCUGGCCCCUUUUGCUAAUGAUAUACAUAUUUUGUUAAAUCUACUUGGUGAUUACGAGUUCCUGCCUUACAACCGGAAGUACGUGGAGUGGACGGAAUUCUUAUGCACUCACUUCAGGUACGAGAAGCUUAUGUGCCGGGACGCGCUUUUCUUCCUGUGUGGAUUCGAUGCUCAUCAGUUCAAUAUGACUUGGCUUCCUGUCAUUCUAAGUCAUGGAGCCGAGGGAACAUCCACAAUGACUGUAGUUCAUUAUGCACAGGAAGUUAACACAGGGGCAUUUGAACACUACGAUUUUGGAAAGUCAGAGAACUUGAGGAGGUAUCACCAACCAACUCCACCAAAGUACAACCUGAAAAAUGUGACGGCACCAGUGGCUCUGAUCUGGGCGCAGAACGAUUGGCUGGCUGAUCCAGAAGAUAUUGUGUACCUUGCCUCAGAACUUCCAAAUUUGGUCAUGAAUGUAAAGAUGCCGUUGCCCGAUUUCAACCACAUGGACUUCAUCUGGGGAAUUGAUGCAGAUAAACUUGUCUACAAACGAAUCCUGAAGUAUAUGAAAUUCUUCUAAUCAGAAUGAAUGUUGAGAUAUUGGUUUAUUGCAAUCUAUGGUAUAGAUUGUGUGUAAUGCUUCAUUCCGUUGAUGUAUGGCACAUUUUUGUGUAGAUACAUAAAGAUUAUUAUAUAUUGUAUAUAUGAUUUAGGUAUCAGUUUACUGUGAAAUUGUUAUACUUAUAACAGUAUUACUUUUAGUCCCCAUUAUUCUAGAAUUUCGAAUGAGAAUAAGCUUACAGAAAUAUAGGUGUAUGCUUUAAGAAUACCAGUGGUCACAAAGAAAGGAAAAAAUUGUGGAAGUUAUUUUGACAAUACCAGUGGUUACAACAGACUUUACAAAAUUGGUAUUUUCUGACAGUUAUGACUUCCUAAUCUUUUUUACUUUGUUGAAAGUAUUUCUGGCAAGAGAAUUUUGAAGGAAUCAUAUUAUACAGAAAUUUCAGUUCAUGCUUAAGAGGAUGUGAGUAAGACUUCUCUCCCAAUGGUUUUUAUUUAUUAGUAUUUUUGAAAUCUGUUUUAUAUUAUUUAUUAUUUCAUGAGUACUUUGGUGUUAAGUACUUGAGAAGUUGCUAAUAGAAAACAAAAAAUAGUCACGAGGUUCUUAAAACCAUAGAUGCGAAUUUAUGAUUGUAUUGGCUGCCAAAUGUAUGUUUGUGUGAUUCGUAUAAAUAUAUGGAUGUGUAUGAGUGUGUAUAUCUCUCUCUAUAUCUAUAUCUGUAUCUGUACACAUACACACAAAAAAAACACACACACACAAAUGCAUAUACAUGCAUAAAAUCCUGUGUAUUUGAAUAUAACACAUACACUUUCUUUGGUUAAAGAAUAAAUAUAUAUUCUUUCUCUUUCUAGUCUUAUCCAAAAGCAGGAAUAAUUGUAAGCCAGAAAUGCCAAAUAGUGCCAGAUAUUGUGUAAAACAUAUACUUUGUAGUUCAGUGAAAUUAUACAGAAAUCUCUUUGUAUGUGCAUGGUUCUGAAAGUGUAUUUAAAAUAAAAGAGUAUAUGCUUAUUG